AUGAGUCGUCUAGUCGGCUUAAGCUUGUUAUUGAUAAGCGUAGGUUUGUACCCGUUGGUUAGGGAUACUUUGAAGUAUGACAAGGAAGGCUCUUUGAGAAACUACCGCGAGGUGUUUGCGUUUUGGAGAAUGGUAAAAGAUAAAGAUGAUUUUGUUAUCCCUUUGUUGCUUGAUCUUUACGACAAAGCUGGCUUGGAACUUCCACCGUGUUUGAUGAGCCUACCAACAGAGCUAAAGCUGAAGAUACUAGAAUCGCUUCCAGCCUCGCAAAGAUGGCUUGCCUUUGUACGGAAAUGCGGUGUUUGGCUUCAGAUAAUGACUUGUGGAAACAGAAAUGCUUGGAAGAAGCUAAGAUUGUUGCUGUGA